AUGGCCUUGAGCUGCCGGGCGAUCCAGGGCUCUCUAAAAGAUACGAGGAAACCCAGACAGUAUAAGCAGUAUGUACCAGCCCCUGGACCCCACGGUUCUGUGGCCCCUUCUCUCAUAGUCCCUGAAGUUCAGCUGGUCUCCUGGGUCUCAGAAUCAGCCUGCUCUGUAGAACAGUGGGGCCUCAGCGCGCGGAGCCGCCGACAGGGAAGCCGGCUUAGCCCCGCGCCCUUAGUGGCCUCCAUCAGCCACCAAAUGGUGGCUCUGCAGAUUCUGCAGCUGCUGCAGCAGGAGUGGAGCUGAGGGGACGGUCCCAGCGACCCCGGGAGCCCACGCGAUCCAGACCACGUGUCCGCCGCCCCAGCGCGUCGCAUAGGCAGGCCCUCGGCCGGCCGGGCCUGUCCUGGGGCGCCAGGAUGGGGGGAGGGCAGGAAUGGGGGUUCUGGGGAGCGGGUCAGCUCCCCAGAAGCGGAAGCGGUGCGAGGCGCCGAGGCGGGCGCGGACUGCACCCUGGCCCAGAUGGGCAUGCGCAGCGCGCUGGCGCGCGUGGUGGCCUCGACCUCGGAGCUGGUCAGCGUGGAGCAGACGCUGCUGGGCCCCCUCCUGCAGGAGAGGUCCUUCCCCAACCAUCCGAAGGAUCGUGUUGAGUUUAGACACAUCUGCAGUCAUUUGGCUCUACAAAUUCAAGGACAACAGUUUGACAGAGAUCUGGAUACUGCCCACCGGUGUUUGAAGACAAUAGUCAUGAAGCUGAUUCAGUCACUUGCUAAUCUUCCUUCAGAUGCCCACAUGGUAGCCUGUGCUUCUUUGAGACAGAUCUUACAGAAUCUCCCAGACAUAUGGAUGCUCAAGACACCAGAAUUAGAACCACAGCCAGUACUGCUAAGAGGACUGGGUACCUGACAUUCCUAAUUGAAUCAGCAGACAGUGGCUGCUUUUAUUCCCAGGAAGGAGAGAGGUGAUGACAUAUAUAGCAGUCUGACCAGUGGCAUCUGUACCCUUCAGAAUCACAGAAUGUUGGUGACAGGUUUUUAAAGCAGUAGUCCACAUUUUUAAGUAUGUUGAUAUAUUUGCUUACUGUUUGAUUGAAAUGUAUUCCACUUGG